CUUGAACAACAUCCGAAGUACCACAUCCGACCAAUGGCUCACAGCACUGAAGCAGACCAAGAAGCGGACAAAAACAUCUCCAAACUCUACGCGCUUGCGAACUAUGAGGAUAGCUAUGUGCAGCCACUCUUACUGGCCAUGCUCAAGGCGAAGCUGCCAGUCGAACUACUGGUAUUCAUCGAGGACAUGUCUGAAUUGCCUAGUCCAAAUGCCAGAGUCAUUCAAUGGCGACAAUACGAGAGCAUCGACUUCGAUCAUCUGAUGGCCAAUUCGUCGACUAGUGUGGCCAAUAGCUACAUCAUCAGGAAGGCUCUGAUACGCAAGCAUUAUCUAUCUAACACGGUCAAUCACUGGUUGACAAAACAUCCAGACUCUGCGCUGAGACAUCACAUUCAACCUAGUGUGGAGUUCGAGGUCGACUAUGCCGAGUUUUUGGAUGAUGCUUUGAUAGAAGCCUAUGAACUCAAGGAGAGCUGGACUCGUAAUGCUGCUCGGGGUGAAGACGACCCGGCUCGGGAGUGGUGGAUCUUAAAACCUGGUAUGAGCGAUCGUGGUCAAGGCAUACGACUUUUCAGUUCUGAGGAGGAGCUCACGAGCAUCUUCGAGGAGUGGGAUCCUCCUUCAGAUGAUGAUGAUGAAGAGGAAGAUGCCACAUCUCACGACGGUCAUAGCGAUGUCAAUGAGGAUGGUAAUGGAGUAAUGGCUUCUCAGCUGCGACAUUUCAUUGCCCAACCGUAUAUCAGCGCACCACUCCUGAUGCCCGAAGCCCAUGCUUCGGGAGGUCGAAAGUUUCAUGUCCGCACGUAUGUUCUCGCAGUAGGGGCGCUGCAGGUUUAUGUCUACAAACCGAUGCUUGCAUUGUUUGCAGGAGAACUGUACGCCAAGCCGUCAGCGUCUGCGUCGCCAAACGAAGACCUGUCCAGUCAUCUUACCAAUACUUGUCUCCAAGAUGGGUCCAGAGAAGGCAGCGUACACACCUUCUGGUCACUACCGGACAAUGUGAGCGGCAAGCUGAGCACCACGUGGAAAGAGGAUGUGUACAAGCAGAUCUGCUCAGUAACAGGGGAAAUCUUCGAGGCCGCGGCGCGAAGUAUGAGCAUCCACUUUCAGCCUUUACCCAACGCUUUCGAGAUCUUCGGUCUCGACUUCUUGAUUGACGACAAUGGUACCGCCUGGUUGCUCGAAGUCAACGCGUUUCCAGACUUCGCCCAGACGGGCAACGAGCUGCAGGAUAUCAUCCGCGGAUUAUUAGAAGGCGUUACUGACACGGCGAUAAAACCAUUCUUGGGAUUGCACACAGAAAAAGAUGUUGCAUGCGACAAGCAGAUGACACAAGUCCUCGAUAUCGACCUUGGCAGAAGAUGAGAGACAGGAUCGAGUCAAUUGCUCAAUUGUGUAGACCGAUAUAUGCCUACAUGGUAACCUUUGGACCACCACUCUCAAUCGGAGCCUGACAUAUCAAAGGGAGAAGAAUGCGUCAAACAAGACAUACAGAUCUUCGACAAGCUGCCACGAUACUGACUCUCGAAAUAAUCACCCCUC